CGCGCCUUUGGGCCCGCCUCCGGGGCCCGGGUCUAAGGCGAGUCAGGAAGGGGUACGACUGGCCCUACCACCCGGUAUUUGCGUCUGACCCCUGCCGAGACAGGUGAUGCCAAGUCCGCUGCCUGCGGCGAGGAAGAGUCAGGGUUGAGCCCCAGCUGAGCCGAGGCUGGUGGUCCUCUGGUGUCUCGGGCCCGCCCCACCUAAAGAAAUGAGUGGUGGCUUAGCUCCAAGUAAGAGCACAGUUUAUGUAUCCAACUUGCCCUUCUCCCUGACAAACAAUGAUUUAUAUCGGAUAUUUUCCAAGUAUGGCAAAGUUGUGAAGGUUACUAUAAUGAAAGACAAAGAUACCAGGAAAAGUAAAGGGGUUGCUUUUAUUUUAUUUUUGGACAAAGACUCUGCACAAAACUGCACUAGAGCAAUAAACAACAAACAGUUGUUUGGUAGAGUGAUAAAGGCAAGCAUUGCUAUUGACAAUGGAAGAGCAGCUGAGUUCAUCCGAAGGCGAAACUACUUUGAUAAAUCUAAGUGUUAUGAAUGUGGGGAAAGUGGACACUUAAGUUAUGCCUGUCCUAAAAAUAUGCUUGGAGAACGGGAGCCUCCAAAAAAGAAAGAAAAAAAGAAAAAAAAGAAAAUUCCUGAACCAGAAGAAGAAAUUGAGGAAGUAGAAGAAAGUGAAGAUGAAGGGGAAGAUCCUGCUCUUGACAGUCUCAGUCAGGCCAUUGCAUUUCAGCAAGCCAAAAUUGAAGAAGAACAAAACAAAUGGAAACCCAGUGCAGGGGGUCCCUCAACAUCGGAUGAUUCAAGACGCCCAAGGAUAAAGAAAAGCACAUAUUUCAGUGAUGAGGAAGAACUUAGUGAUUAAAAUUGUAUUUAUUAUGUAAAUAUCUUAAAAAUAAAAAAAAUCUUGGAGUAUAAAGUUCAUUUGAGGACUAAAGAUUACUUUUAGUAUUUGAACAUAAGAAUACUUAUUAUCAAAUAGUUUUUUUACUAUAAAAUAGUUCAUAGGAAAUUUAAAAAUAAUUUUGAAGCAUUGUUUCUCUCUUGCCUUAGCAAAGUACAGGUUGAGCAUCCCUAACUCAAAAGUCCAAAAUAAUUCAAAAUGGUUCAAAAACUGAGGUGGAAAAUUUUAUACCAUAGAUACUUUGUUUCAUCCACAUUAUUAAAAAUAUUAUAUUAGCCAUGUGUUGUGGUAUACAAGUAUAAGCCCAAUGAUUUGGGAGACUGAGGGAGAAAGAUCACAAGUUCCAGGACAGUUUUGCAACUAACAAAACCCUAUUUUCAAGAAAAUAAAUAAAUAAAAAGGUAAUAUAGCUUCAGUAGUAGAGAUCCUCUGGGUUCAAAUCCCAAUACUGCAAAAAAAUAAAAAUUUGUUAAAAUAAAAAUGUAUAAAAUUACUUUUGGGUUAUGUGCAAAAAUAUAUGAAACAUAAAUGAAUUUCAUGUUUAAACUUAGGUAUAGGUCUCAUACCUAAAAUAUCUCACUUUGUAUGUAUAACUAUUCAAAAAAUCCAAAAUAUUUCUGGGCUUAAGCAUUUUUGGUAAGGAAUUCUCAACCUGUAUUAAAAAUCAGGAUUUGUUAGUAAUAAUCUUGUAAAGAACUAAUUAUAGUAAAAAUAAGAAAACUAUUACAGUAAUAGUGUUAUCCCAUGAGAAAAGGUAGAUAUUCAAAUGAUUAUUUAAAAACUUCAUAGUAAAAACUUUAUUCAUAUCCAAUUGGAUUACAUCAGGAUUUUUCAAAUAAAUUUAAUCUCAAAACAAAACUUCAUAAAGACUGGAAAAUUGAAUGGUUUAUUCAAGAGAAUUGUCUUUAAACAUGGGUACUUUAUCAUCUUUUUCUUUUAGCUUAAUCUGAGUGUAAUAAAUACCUAUAAAAUAUAAAACAGCUCUAAAAAUCUUACACUCAAACACAGAAGCUAUUUUUCUGACCAUCCCAUAGCACUAUAUUCUGUUCCCCACGAGCAACUAACUUAUAACUUCAUUGACUGUUUCUUUUCAUAUGUAUGUACAUAUUGCUAAAAAAAAUAAUGCAUAUAUUUCUAUCACUUAAUUCAGAGUGAUAAGGGAGGAUUUUUUUUCAAUUUCUUAUAUCUCCCUCUGUCUUCUCUAUUUUCCCAGUAUGGCUAUGUUAAAAUGUUUCUUUAAAUCCAUAUUUACUUCUUGGGUUUUUUAUGACCAUAUAAAUAGUUUUCAUUUCAUUUAUUUAUUACAUUUCUAUCUAUGACUAAAUCUUUCCAUGCCUUCUGCAAUUGGUUAUAUAAGAAUAGAAUUAUGGAGUCUUUACCUUUCUACUGUGUAUAUUUCUAUACUGUCUGAAUGCCUUGUAAGAAUACCCACAUAUUACCUUUUUAAAUUACUAAAAGCAAUAAAAAUAUUUCUACUUUGAAAACUACAAGGAUAGUAAAAAUGUUAACUAUCCCAACAGCAUAGAAUCUUCAGUCUCAACAGACAAUCCAGAUAGAAUGAUCGAAUGCAGUGCUCUACUUUCUGUUCACCCAUUAAUUAGUAAAAUAUUAUGUAUUUUCAAUAGAAGAUGAGCUAGAGACUUAGAAAGAAUAUCAACAAUAAAUAGUAUGAAAAAUACUUCUGUCAUUAAUCUACUUCAACCAGGCUGGGGAUAUAGCUCAGUUGGUAGAGUGCUUGCCUCGCAAGCACAAGGCCAAGGGUUCAAAUCCCCAGCACCACAAAAAAAAAAAAAAUCUACUUCAACCAACAAAACAUUUUUUACCUCAUUAAAAAUAAAAAUAGAAAAAAAAAAACCUACUGCCUAUCAACUAGAUGACAGAUUAAAUUCCACUCUAUUUACAUAAGAAUAAAAAUUUGGUUUAGAACUGUUCUUUAUUAUUUAAAAAAUUUAUUUUUGCCAGGUGCUGUGACACACUUCUGUAAUCCCAGUGGCUCUGGAGGCUGAGGCAGGAAGAUCCAGUGUU